AUGCUGUCUCCUCACGAUGAUGAUGACGACAACCACUUGUGCAUCAAAUGCAACGCAACUAUCGUCGGACUGGACAAUUAUGUUAAGCAUCGAAAAGAGCGAUGUGGAAAGUUGAAAAAUGUUGAAAAAUCUGUCCUCCCUAUCGACCCCUUAGAACCCUCAUACAGUCUUGGGGCAGAUGUUUUCUUUCAAUCCUUAGAGCUCCAGAGUAGUGUCAAAAAGUCUUCCUCAUUAUCAAGACUUACUCCACCAACGCCUAUCUACAAAACUAGUUCAGAUAGAAAACACACGCAUACCAUCCCAUCAACGUCACGGGAUAUUCCGAGAAUGAGCCCUUUAGAGAAUAACUUGAGAGGAGAAGAUUGGAUCGGUGGUCACAGCUUAAAACUUGAAACUAGUGAAGAUAAUCAAAUGAAACUCAUAAAAGCAGUCGCAAGGAUUAGUGGAACAGCGAAGAAGGAUCUUACUACCUCUACCUAUAACAUCAAUGCAUACAAUGAUUUUAAAGAUGACUUAGACGAAUCAGAUGAUUCCGAGGAUGAGGAUGAAGAAGAAACUGCUCACGUAGAAAAAUGGAAGCCACCACCGAAUUAUACAGGAGGUAAAUGGCGCCCUGCAUCACCCGAUCACGAUGACUGGGAACCUUUGAAUAUUGAUACUCACGAACGCGACGAAGACUAUGACGCUCCACCUCCAGAUCACACAAAAGGCAAGUGGGUGCCGGGACAAGAUAAGACUCAAAUAAUGCAAACCACGCUUCAAUCUAAAGGUUCAGUACAGUACUGGUGCGGGCCUUGUAACCGUCGCCUUGGUUCUAGAGCUAUUUACGAUAAGCAUCUAAUGUCCAAUUUACACAUGAGAAAAGUGCUUCCAGAACACGAACUAGAAUUCGCUGGACAUUUGGAGCCCUUUAAAAACGUACCGGAAAAGCGUACUACCCGUUCAGCAUUUCUAAAUACAGACUUAAGUCCCAAGAAAAAACAAAAGCUAUUAGAAACGAAGAACAUUUCUAAGAAAAAGAGAAAACGGAAACCCGUAUUCGUACAGUGCUCGGGCUGUAAAUCGCGUGUAAAACUCUAUCUCAUGGGCAAACACUUGAUUUCACACUACCACUUCAGGAAAGCUACUGAUACGAAAAGUGAGGAUUAUAAACUACUCAUUUUAAACAAUAUGGAUGCUAUAGUUCACCAAUCACCGUUUCAGUGCAGUCCCUGCAAGUUUUACACGAACUGGCUCUCAAAUUUCAUGCAACAUUGGCAUUCUGAAGAACACCAGAGAAAUGUAGAUUGUAUGAAUGGGAGAUUUUGGUGUUCAUUCUGUAAAUUUGAGUGUGAGGCAUCUCAAGAGAUGCUAGAUCAUUUAUCAAGUUCAGAACAUACUGAAGUUGUGGCUGUCAUUAAUAGAUCUAUGCCUAUUAUCAUACGAAAGAAGACUGUUAUCAAAUGUGAAACUUGCUCAAAGGAAUUUCGUUAUAUUAUAGAGGUGAAACAACACUGCAUUAAAACAGGGCAUAUGGUUCCACCUUCUGCCAGUGAUAUGUGUCAAGAGCUUCAUAAAUGUCAGCACUGUAAGAAGAAGUUCAAGUCUUCUAUUACUCUUUGCUCUCAUUUAAAAUCAGAACAUAAAGCUCAAGUCUUUUUCUGCAUUGUUUGCUCGAAAGUGUUUGAUUCGUCUUCCGAAGCCAAGCAACAUCGCCAAACCUCUGAACAUAGAGUGAGGACUAAGGAAAAGUUGAUAGCUCGUGGUCUGUGCUCUAAGGAUUUAAGGAAGAAAUGCCCGUACUGCCCAGGAAAAGUUCUGCUAAAGAAUGUCCUUGAGCUUCGAGAUCAUGUUAGGUGUAUUCAUCCACAUAUAACGAAAAAGUGUUCAAAAUGCGGCAAAGCUUUUACACUCCCCCAAGAAGUGACUCGUCACAUAAGAAGCAACUCUUGUCAGUUUAUAGAGCCAAACUCCGCGAACACAGCCGGCCUCUGGAACUGCAGCCAAUGUCUUUUUACCACAGACUCGCAGGCCGAAUGCUUCUUCCACGAAGUCCUACAUACUGAGCCCAUUUUGGACGAUAGGGAAAUGAUAAAAUAUUCAUGUCCAUUGUGUAAUAAGGUGUUUAGAAAGAAAUCCCUGCGUGAGCAUUUGAGACAGCAUACCUUUGAACGGCCGUUCGCUUGCACUAUUUGUGGCGCUAACUUCACACGUCAGAGCAGUCUCAGUAACCAUGUUAAGACUAAACAUGACAAGAAAGAACAGAUUGUGCAUAAGACCAAAAACACCUUGGAUUUACGUUGCCAGAAAUGCAAGAAGAAAUGUAAUAAUGAAGAAGAACUAAAAACUCAUACAGCGUCAUGCCAAGUUUAUCAAUUACAAUGUACCGAAGAUCAGUGUACUUUCAUUGCCAGUACACCCACACAGAUGUUCAGGCAUCGAAAGAGCCAUGGAAUUGCGAAGGCUCAUGAAUGUUCGGAGUGUGACUUCAAGACAGAUCAAAUAAGCCAUUUGAAAAGGCACUUGGUGACACAUAAGGGCCUUAAACCUUAUGCCUGUCCACAUUGCACCUUCACUUGUGCUAGCUUGGAAAAUCUUCGAAAACAUGUGCUCAAAGGAAAAAAGCAUCCUGGAAUGUAUCUUUAUCGGUGCAAGUCUUGUGAAUACGAAACAAAUUUAGCAAAUGACCUGCGAACUCAUUACAUUACAAUCCAUUCAAGCGCGUAUAACCUGAAAACUGCUAUAGAAGAAGUUAAAAAUCAAUUGAUGUUGAAGAACACAUAA